AUGGAUGAUCUUGAUUUCAUUUGUUGUCAAAGAGUCUGCAGUGGUUUACGAGUACAGGAUACUCUUGCUGCUGCUGUGGAUUCCUUUGAACCAGAAAUCGUUCAACAACCGAACAGCUUGUCGACGCCAGCCUUUGCCGUUGCCGUCCCUGGAUUGGCCUUGUUGGCAGGACUGGUGUUUGCUGCUGUUUACUGGAAAUUCGCAAGUCAUGGACACAAAGUUCAUGACCUGGAAGAAGAUCUGGAAACCGACCGGAACGAAAAUUUCGGACAGGAUGACAAUCUGGAAAUGGAAGAUUGCGAGGAUGAUCUUGAAACGGAUAUGAGUGAACUGUCUAGCCUGGAAGAAUUGGAAGAUAGUGACGAAUGCCUGGAAAUUGGUAUGAAUGAAGUGUCUGGAAUGGAAGAUAGCGAGGAUGACCUGGAAACGGAUAUGAAUGAAGUUUCUAGACUGGAAGAUUGUCUAGAACUGGAAGAAUUGGAAGACAGCGAUGAUGACCUGGAAGUUAUUUUGCAUGGAAACAGUCAGGUUUAUAGAAGUAAAAUGGAACACCAGUGGAAGGAGGCAGAGGAAGAGAACGUGUGGCUUCGGAAUCAGCUUGUGGACAAAAAUCUUUUGCUGGAAAAGACGGUAGAUGAGGGAGAAGAAAUUAAGAGAGAAAUGGAGAACUUGUACCUUCAAAAGGAACAAGUGCUAAUUGAAAAGCGGCGCUUACAAGACGAUUUAGAAGUGGCUCUCGACCAAGGAGAGAGGACAGAGAAGUUAAAUAAAGAACUGAGGGAGAAAAUAACCUCCCUGGAGCGUCAAUUAGAGGAGAAUGUUAAUGUCCUCAAGAAAAGGGACGAAGCUGAAAGAGAAAUGAGAAGUCUCUACGAGCAGCAGAUGGUCGAUCAAAAGAGAGAACUGGAGAACGCUAUAGAAAAAGGAAUUGAGCUAGGCCUCAAACUGAAAGAACUGGAAAGCAGCAAUCAAGUGCUUGCUUCCGAGAAGGCAUAUUUCGAGAGGAAAGUCGACCAUGUACAAGGACUACUCGCACAGAAAGCUAGGGAAUCUGAGGAGGACCGCGAGAAACUGAGGAAGCUGGAGAGUCAAAUGAUGAACAUCGAAGACAUUGUGGGAGAGCUGGAAAGCCAGAUAACGGACGCUGAAAAGGACCAAGUUGCUCUCCGAGAAAAACUGGAGCUUAUAGAAGUAGAAAACUCGAGACUAACGGAACUGGCUGCAGGCUACGAAGCUCAGCUCCAAGCUGCACAGAAAAACGCAGCUGACCUAAGAGAUAGGACCUGUGAGCUUGACAAAAACCUGGAGAACGAGACUCGGAAAAACUUGAUCCUAAAGGAUCAAGUCCAGUCGCUAGAGUCAGUUUUGUCCCAAACGGAAUCGCGAUUAGUUUCGGCAACAGAAAUUCUGAACGCUGAAAGAGCGACAACUGAGAUCAUACGUGCAGAACUGGAAGUGAUGAAGAAUUGGGUCUCAGAAUUAGCAGGAGAGAAUGUAAAGUUUGACGAACAGUUAAACGAAAAAGUCUUAGAACUGAAUUUAGUGAAAAAAGAGUUGGAACAUGAAAAGAGGAAGACCCAGGUUCUGGAGGAGGAAGGCCAGGGUCUGAAGAACUGGGUCGCACAAUUAGGAGGAGAGAGAGCCUGGUUUUAUGAACAAUUAAACGAAAAAGUCUUAGAAUUGAAUUUGGUGAAAAAAGAGUUAGAAAAUGAAAAGGGUAAGACCCAGGUUCUUGAGGAAGAAGGCCGGGUUCUGAAGGGCUUGAUCUCGCAAUUAGGAGGUGAGAGAGCCUUGUAUAAUGAACAAUUAAACGAAAAAGUCUUAGAACUGUCUUUAGUGAAGGAAGAGUUGGAAAUUGAAAAGAGGAAGGCCCAGGAAAACCACUUGGAAAAAAAUUCACUGAAAACAUCUUUGCAGAAUGCUCUCCAUCAUGGGAACGAGAUGGAGAACUUGUUAAAAGAAGAAAAGAAGAGAGGACAAGAGAUGGAGACUUCCUUGAGAAUCUUGAAGGUCGAGCUUGACAACAGGGCCCUCCAAAUACAAAACUUCUUAAACGAGGAAAGAAAAUUGGUAUGUGAAAAAGAAGGACUAGAAGAAAAACUAGGAGUCGCUCUCAAUCACGGCAAGGAGAUGGAAAGCUUACGAGAGGAAGCAGAACUGAGGGCGAGAAAAAUUACAAAAGAUUUCGAGGAUGAUGUCCAGAAAAGGGAGACACAAAUGCGCGAAAUGAGUCUGAAUUAUCAGGAGACUCUGAAGCAGAAGGACAGCGAAUUGGAGAAGCUAAGGGAAGAUGAGGAAGACCUGAGAAAAGAAUGUGAAAGGUUGAAAGAAAACUGGAGGAUACAAGAGGAAAAUAUGAUCAAGGAACAGCAACUUUACAGGGAGCGCCAAAGAAGACAGGAAGAGGCUUUGAGGAAACAAGAUAAAUACAUGUUAAUGACGCUUCUCCAUGGGACAGCUCAGAGGAACUUCACUCUGCAGCACAUUGCACUGCAGCAUGGAAAUGAAAAGAAGCAAGAUGAAGGGAAAGAGGAGGACCUGUCUGAGUUCCUGCAGACGAGAAAGGAGGAACAGCACAGGAAAUACUGCGAUGCCCAACUUGAGAGGAGCAACUAUGGGAAGCAGUGGGAGGUCCUAACUCAGACGCUGACGGACCUCAUCCAUGAAGACGAGAGAAAUCCAGAAGCCACAAAAGAUGAACAAAAAUGUGGGGAAGCGAUCGCCCAGGACGACAUAUUGGCGAGGCGAUCCCCCACAUAA